AUGGGAUGCAGAAGGGUAGCUUUUGUCCUAUUUUUGUUCUCCCUGUUGACUCUAUCCUGUUCACAGGUUGAGAAUGGUGUCAUUGGCGUGUACUGGGGCCAAGACCACCGCGACGGCGAUUUGCAAAGUACAUGCGAUUCUGGAAAUUACCGCAUUGUGCUCCUCGCUUUUCUUCGCGUUUUCGGUGAAGGAAGAAGGCCACAUUGGGACUUCGUUGGCCUCUGUGACAGUCCUUUUUCUUACAACUGCACCGAACUGGAGCCCCAAAUAAAGCACUGCCAGGCAAAAGGCAUAAAAGUGUUCCUUUCCAUCGGAGGACCGCCAUGGUCGGACUACUCCCUGAGCUCGGCGGAGGACGCAAAGAACGUGGCGAGGUACAUCUACAGGAACUUCCUGAGUGGGCGAUUUGGUCCAUUGGGAAGCGUGGAGUUGGACGGCGUCGAAUUCCACAUCAGAAAGAGUGGGAAUCACUGGGACGACCUUGUCAAAGAACUCGACUUUUUCCGACACAGCAGAGGCCCUUACUUCCAGUUGGCUGCAGCCCCUCGGUGUCCAGUCCCAGUUUACUAUCUGGGCAACGCCAUUGAAACCAAGCUUUUCGACUACAUCUUCGUCCGAUUCUACGAGGACCCAUGUUGCGAGGCUUCGUAUGAGGGGGAUACGACGCUGUUGUUGGAGUCGUGGGACAAGUGGGUGAACUUGGCUCCGCCCAACAGCACCAUCUUCCUGGGGCUGCUAUCGUCGCUUACUGCAGGGGGAACUGGGUACGUUAGGCCCAGUAUAGUGAAUCGUGAAGUGCUUCCGCAUGUGAAGAAAGCCUCCAACUAUGGAGGAGUGAUCCUGUGGAAUAGGUAUCGUGAUAUUGUAUGGAACUUCAGCGGCAGAAUACUCCCCAAUGUGCCCAAAUCCACCUUACUUUCGUCGGUGUCUUGA